ACAGGGCGUGACUCACGAAGACUCACGUGACUCACGAAUCUUCACUCUUGAAGAUGAUCUUCACGCGAAACACAAGCGUGACAUUUCACAAGGAAUACCGUCGGUUGCACGAACCGUGAUAGAAGAGGAAAACUCUCUUUUAGUUGAUCAACGUGUGAAAAGUACAUUAAACUUUGUUGAUAAAAUCUCCAGAAGAGAUAACUGCAAUUUCCUUAAAAGACAACGGUUUUACUUUACGAGCUGUUUGCAGCACCUUUUAUACUACCGUGACUCCAAAGAAGUGUAAGUUCGAAUUUCAUUUUUGGCAUAGUUCCGCUGAAUAAACCUAAUUUCAGUCAACAUAACCAAUUUACAUUGCCAGGGUCUUGUUUUCGUUAAACCUGAGAAGUUCUUUUCUGCUCUCGGGCGGUUUAGUUCAAGUGUGUGAGUUUAUUUUCAUUUUUAAUUCACCAGCUGGAAUUUACCUGUCAAAAUGUCUUUAAGUUGUCAUUGGAAAGUGUCAAACGGAUUAAGGGAACGUGCGCAUAUUUGAAUAUUUUAAAAAAUUACAUGUCUCUCUAACAACUCAAGGAACGCGAACUUGCAUGUUUAACGUUGUUAAUCGACUUAGAUAUAGUUUCAAUCGAUAUAGUUUCAAGAAUUCUCUCAAACUUAAACAAGUAUGACACAACGUCUUAAACAGUUAUGUUUAGGAGAGGAAAAUAAAAAAAAAAAUUACUGAUCUCAAGACAAGAAGCCCUUUUAGUUACUCUCACGAUUAUAAAAUUACCCAUGUCCUCGUGAUCUCUACUCCAACCACUAGCUAAAGGGCUUCUCACCUUUUCAAAAAUUCUAAAACGACCGAACACCGAGUCAAGUAAGGCAUAUUUGCUUAACCUUCGAGGUCAUUGUUGUUGUACAAUCUACUUUGUUUUUAGUUAUUUUUGGUAAGAUAUACUCUCGGCUGUCGAUGAGCGUUGAUGAAGAAUGAUCAGUUCUUCGAUCGAUUCGUGAUUCAGGCAGUUGAAUUCAGAUUCUUGAACAGACAUUUACAAACCUCGUUACAGCUAUGGAAAAGCGUCAGGUCAUGUGAUGAAUUUUAUGUACCCUCGAUCUGAAACAUUAAUCAAGAGAUACCGAUGUCUAAACAUUUGGAAUUUAUCUUACUUCACAUAAUUAUCUUGUAUGAAAACUCCGCUGGCUAUAACAACUGUCCCACCCGUUUUUCAGAACCAGGUCGUAUCCUGACAGGUCACGUGAUAUACACAGUACAACGUAAAACUUUUGAGAGCUGCACUUUUUCUUGCGAACUGGAGUGGCAAUGUCAUAGUGUCAACUACUUUUUAUUGCAUAAAACUUGUGAACUGAAUAACGCAACUAGGGAGGGUUUUCCUGAAGACAUAGUGGAACAGAGUGGAGUUGUUCAUGUGUCUGUGGUGAUCCACUUCCAUGAUCCUUGUACGAGCAUGCGCUGUGAAAAUGGAGGAAAGUGUAUUAGCAAUCCGACCUUGAAGUGUCAGUGUCUUGAUGGAUUCAGCGGUCUCCGCUGUGAAAGUCUUAAGUCAUUAGGUAUGGAGAGUGGAAUUAUCCCAGACAUAAAUAUCGUUGCUACAUCAUCAAAAUCAGGUUACGAAGCGGGAAAAGGUCGUCUGAACAGACCAUCUUGUUGGAUGCCAGUAAGCAAUCGUAGCACUGAGACCAUCACGGUUAAGUUUAAACACGGGGUCAAAAUAAUUGCCAUAGCAACACAGGGAGCUCCAAACGAUGGCUGUUGGGUGAAAAGUUACUUUAUCAAAUAUGGUUUUCAAAAUGUCAGAGGAUCAUUACCCAAGGAAUACCAGGCAAACUUUGACAAGGAAACAGUAGUUACAAACCAGCUCUCAGCUCCUUUACUUGUCGAUUGGAUUAAAAUUCGGCCUGCAAGUUGGUCCUCAUGUAUUGCGCUGAGAGUCGAGUUGUAUGGAUACUAAAUUUCUCGUGAGGACUUCGUCAUGAUUAUGGCUACAACUCCCCGAUUUGCAAGUCUUGAAAACCGUCAUUUUUUGUUUUUAGUCUCUCCCUUCACCCCCUCAGAGUAGUAAAGGUUAAAAAAAAAAACUUAGCGAAAUAAGGUAUUAAGGGUGAAUAUUAAUUAGCAAUUAACUAUGUUUACAUUUUUGUUCAGAGCGUGAAAUUAAAAUGUUACCUUCCUUUUAACGGAAGUCAUCUAAUUAA